GGACAUCUGCAGACGGAGUGCUCUCAAGAUGCAUAACGAGGUAUUUUGAAAUAUUUACGAGCAAUUCUGUCAGGCUGUGUAGAGUUAGAACAGCAUUUUCCCACUGGGAAGGACAUCCGCCCAAUUGUAGUUCCAGCGUUUAUUGUGGUGUAUUCUGAGAUUAGUUCAGUAUUUUCAUAUUUUAUUGUGGUUGUAUGAUGGAGCAGGGUAUUGUGCCUGCUUCGGUUUUUGAAUAGAUGUAAGUCAAGUGCAUGAAUGAACUGUUUUUCAUUUGUGUUCUUCAGUUGUGUUAACUCAAAUGCAGGGCUAUUGUAUAUGAGAAUGCCUUAUGCAAGAAUAUGUGUUCAGUUCUGAUAAGAAAAAAUUUGUGCAUUUGGAAUUAGGUAUCAUGGCUGAUCCAACACGCCGUGGUGGUGGUCGGUCGCUAGGAAUACCAUCCCAUGGUUUGUCGCUGACUUAGGCUACUCUUCCUCUAACGGUGGGGUAUUGUAUUCAUCAGUUUGACUAUGGUGUAAUCAUUUAUGUGCCUUGACAGCAAACACAGACACUUAAUCACGCAAAUUUCGAAAAGGUGAUCGAACCCGGAGGUUAUGGAGUGCCCGAGAAGAGGAGAUACUGGCUGCAUCAAUGCUUGAGCUACUUGCUCAAGGAUGGAAAUCCGACAAUGACUUUCGUAAUGGGUAUUUCGAGGAGAUUGAGGACAGUCUACGAAAGGAGUUUCCAAAUACCGACCUCAAAGGCACGCCCCAUAUCACCUCCAGGAUUUCCGCGUGGAAGAAGAACUACACGAGCCUGACAAAAAUACUAGGCCGGAGUGGCGUGGGAUUCAAUUCGGAUGGGCAAUAUAUGAUUGAAUGCGACGACGAUCAGUGGGAUGCAAUCGUCCAGGCUGAUAAGGAUGCGAAGUUCAUGCGGGGCAAGUCAUGGCCGUUAUGGGAUACAUGGAAGGCCAUUUUCGGAAAGGACCGUGCUAGCAGUGCAGGUGCAGAACAGGUUAAUGAUGCGGUGAAUCGUAUGCGACGCAAUGGCCCAAGCUUAAGCGAGGUCAAUGAGAACGAGUUCCCAGACAUCGAGGAGCGUGAUUCCGAGAACGUGGUUCGUCUGUCACAGGCGUCGGGAUUUGAAGCCUACAGCUCAGGGAACAAUGGCAAACAAGCUUCCAUCAACAAGUCCGGCGGUAGUCAGAAGCGCAAACACGAUGGAGCCGAUGCAGCAAUCAUGGAAUUCCUCUCAAAUCUGCAUGCUGAGACAAACGCCCGCCUGGAGGUGAUUUCAUCUAGAAUCGCCUAUGAAUUCGAUCUUGGAAAGUCUAAGCAAGAUGUAUUCGACAAGCUGGAAACUGUUGAAGGCCUCACACUCGAUGAACGGUACGAACUGUGCAACAUCUUAAGCGACAAGCUGCAGCGGCUUGAGGUAUUCAUGGGAAUGAGAGCUGGCGCUCGUCUUGGAUACCUGUUGAAGCUUAUCGAGGAGAAUCAGAAAGUAAUGUGAAAGCAGAUAAAAUGUUUUGGACAUUUUUUUUGUUGCUACCUUUUCUCGGUGGGGGGAAACCGAUGCAAAACGGUUAUUAGUUCGAAAUCGCAUAUUUUUGCUGUAGCAGGCGUGUUGUUUGAUAUGAACCGCAACUACUUAUGGGCUCUAUCGUGCAGUUUGUACAACUCCUAUUAUAUGAAGUGAUGCAUAUGCUAUUAUGAUGUGCUUCUCA